AUGAAGCUCUACCUACCGACUCUCGUCGCCGCUGUGAUCGCCACGCUCUACGCUGGUGUCGACGCCGUUCCUAAAGGCGUCUCUGGCAUCAACUACGACGCUCGCAACGGCUCGGACUGGGAGACCAACAACGCCAGUUGCAAGAGCUUCACUGACGUCUACCAUGAAAUGCUGACCCUCCAAACGUUCACCGAGAAGGUUCGCACCAACUCGCUCAUUGAGUGCGACGUGGCCAACCUUGUGCUGCAGUUCGCCUCGAGCAUCGGCGUGACGGUCGACCUGGGAAUCAAAACGUCCAAGGGCCGCGACUAUUUCCUCCAGGAGAAGGUCAAGCUCGGGGAAAUCAUCGACAAGGGCCGCUUUGACACUGUCACCAGCGUGCACGUUGGCAACGGUGCUAUCAGCCGCGACAACGUCACUGUCGACACUGCGCUUGAGUACAUGACGGAGAUCCGCGACUUCCUUCGAAGUCGCGGCAAGAACGCCUCGGUGACGAUCGCGGACAGUAUUGAAGUCUACAACACCAACCCGAAGCUCCUCGAAGCGGUCGACUACGUGUCGGUGGGCUACUCCCCGUUCUGGGAGCGAGUGGAUGUCAACGAAGGCGUGGCUGUUACCCUCGACCGCAUGAAGAGCCUUCGUAUUGCUGCGGAGAACAAGGACAAGCCCGUUGUCAUUGAUACCGCUUGGAGCUCUGGCGGCAUGAACCCAAUCCCCGACUUGGCUACCCCAAAGAACCAGGCCAAGUACUUCUCGGACUUCAUCCGGAUGGCCCACUCCCACAAGGACCUCGACUACUACUGGUCCGACGCGUUCGACGCCAAGUGGCUCAACGACCUCGACAUCGAGGCUCACCUGGGUGUCUAUGAGAAGGCUGGCGUGAUGAAGGAGGAGAUCUUCAAUCUGCAGUUCGAGAACUGGAGGGCCCCGCGUCUCAUUCGCACCGAGGGAAGCAUCAUGCUCUCAGAGGCGGAUGGCAAGCUGUACAUGUCGGAGAAGUCGAACAACUGGCUCACGCAGGAGCAGCAGACGUGGUUCUUUGACGAAACCACGCAGCAGAUCCGCUCCAAGAGCAGCGACCGCUGCCUGGACGCGUACCAGCCCUGGGACGGCGGCGCCGUGCACGUCUACCGCUGCAUGGACAACGAGCGCAACCAGAAGUGGACGUACGACAACGCGACCCGCACGCUGCGGCACGCGACGCACAAGGGCUUCUGUCUGGAUCAGGACGCGUCGCAGAACAACAAGAUCCAGCUCUACGGCUGCUCGCCCAACAACGCGCACCAGCAGUGGGAGGUGCUGGACCCUUAA